AAGGACGCUAGGGCUAAAAAGAGUGGGAAGAAAGGAAUAGUGGUGUGGCGGUGGCGAAAGAAUGGUGCUUCUGGAGGAAGAAAUCGGGAGGCUGUACCGCAUAAGGAAGACGGUGAUGCAGAUGCUGAGGGACAGAGGGUACCUGGUGGGGGACUUCGAGAUCAACAUGUCCAAGCACGACUUCAAGUCAAAGUACGGCGAAAACAUGAAGCGCGAGGAUCUCGUCAUCAACAAGUCCAAGAAGGACAACUCCGGCGACCAGAUCUACGUCUUCUUCCCGGAGGAGGUCAAGGUCGGCGUCAAAACCAUGAAGACCUACACCAACCGCAUGAACUCCGAGAACGUCUACAGAGCCAUCCUCGUUCUUCAGACCAACCUCACUCCCUUCGCUAGAACCUGCAUCAGCGAAAUCUCUUCCAGAUUUCACUUGGAGGUUUUUCAGGAGGCGGAACUGCUGGUGAACAUUAAAGAGCACGUGCUUGUCCCCGAACACCAGGUUCUCACCGACGCGGAGAAGAAAACCUUGCUUGAGAGAUACACUGUUAAAGAAACUCAGCUACCUAGGAUUCAGGUGACAGAUCCUGUUGCAAGGUAUUAUGGACUGAAGCGUGGACAAGUUGUCAAGAUAAUCCGGCCAAGUGAAACUGCUGGCAGAUAUGUUACGUACCGAUUUGUUGUAUAAGAAUUUUCUUUAACUUGAUUUAGAAGAGGUGAAAUGUGUGAUUUGUCGAAAUGGUGUAUAGGGAGAAACUCUUGAUUUACAAGAGGUGACAUGUGCGAUUGUUGAAACUUUUGGAAUCAAAAAUAUAUAUUUAUAUCGUAAUUGACUGGCUUCUGUUGUUUUUGA